UUCCAGCGAAAAGUCUACGGAUUGGAGCAUGUUCGGGAUGGCUGAAGCGUGGGACCUGGAUACGAAACUGGAUGCCAAACUGGUCUGGAACCCGUACGGGACCACCGCGCGCUCGGUGCAAGCCCUGGAGCUGAAGCUGGGCUCCUUGGUGCUUCUCCUGUUGGUGACCUUGCUUUGCGCCUUCAUCCCCUUGUGGCUGUUCCGGAGGCCGGGGGCUGCCCUCAACACUGGAAGUCCUCAAAGGAAAACUCUCAGCCUGGUGAGCAGUUUUGCCGGCGGCAUCUUCCUGGGGACGUGUCUUCUGGAUCUGCUCCCUAGUUAUCUCGCCAGCCUUAACGAAGCCCUGGAGGAUCUGCACGUCACGCUCCGCUUCCCGUUACAGGAAUUCAUCCUGGCGAUGGGUUUCUUCAUCGUUCUGGUUCUGGAGCAGAUUGUGUUGGCUUACAAGGACCCUUCAGGAUCCCUGGAGGAGACCGAAGCUCUCUUGAGCUCCGCUUCCCAUCAGCACCCCUCCCUGCAGGAGCAGGCUUGGCCGGAGGGAUCCCAGCGGCCCCCGCUCGCUCGGGACCGCCUGGCUGGCGAGCGCACCCACGUCCACGUGGACUUCAACGCCCACUCGGCCAUCCGCCUGGUGGUCCUUUUCCUGGCCCUCUCGCUGCACUCGGUCUUUGAAGGGCUGGCUGUGGGGCUGCAGGAAGACGGCACCCAAGCCCUGGAGAUCUGCCUGGCCCUCCUGAUCCACAAGGGAGCCAUCGCCUUCAGCCUGAGCCUCAAGCUGCUGCAAGGGAGGCUGCGUCCCCGUGUGGUGGCCAUCUGCCUGGUGAUCUUCUCCGCCAUGUCCCCCUUCGGCAUCGGGCUGGGGGUGGCUCUGACCGAGGUCCCCAUGGCUGCCCUGUCCCGCCUCUCCCGCAGCGUCCUGGAAGGCCUAGCCACGGGGACCUUCGUCUACAUCACCUUUUUGGAGAUUCUGCCCCACGAACUCGGCUCUUCCGAACAGCGCAUCCUCAAGGUUAUCGUUCUCCUGCUGGGAUUCGCUCUCGUCACCAGCGUUUUGUUCGUGAAGGUGUGA